GACGCUGACCGUACGGAUCAGCUCAUCAGGUGGCUGCACACCAUCCUGCACCACUGCGUCCUGUGGACCACCGUCAAGGGCCGCCAUAUUACCGUUGGUUUUUUUGUGGUGGUCCUCAUCCUAUCUAUAUCAUUUGCGGCACGUCUUCGUCCGGCCAGCCGAGCUCCAGUGCUUUUCAGACCGGAUACGAAUAUUCAGUUACUGCUGGACCUUAAAAACAACCUAAGUGCAGAAGGAAUAAGCUGUGUCACCUGUUCAGGUUUAUUCCAAGAGAAACCUCGCAGCCUUCAAAACAACAUCCGGACCUCAUCAGACAAAAAGAAGAGAGGCUCGCUGUCAAUGGGGAGCUCACAUGGAGUCUUCAGUGACACCGGACAUGAAGAUCUGCAGAGGACAGUGUACAUUACAAGGUGCCCAUGGGAAGGGCGGAUUACAAUAUAUAGACUGUCUUUGAACGCUACGGCUCCAGCACCCUGGCUGUCCACCUUGCCCCAUGACGAUGAUAUUACCUCUUUCCAGGUGUAUAAGAUUCCUUACGGUAACUACACCAGGAAGCUGACCGCUUGUGUGUCCACCAUAGGGCUGCAG